UGGUUUUAUAAAAUUAUAUGUAAGCACAUUGUGAAGCCCCUUCAUGGACAAACUGGCUUUACGUGUGUGUGUGUACAUGUGAAUCUGAGAAAAAUAACUCACACAAGUGAGCAUUUUCGCGCAAGAAAUCUCGAGAUUUCAGAAUUGAGUGUACCAAUUUUAAUCGGACUGGUCGCAAUCGAAAGCUCACAUCAAUGUUAUAUAAUAAAAUUGCCAUUAAAUUUUUUAUUAUAAUUUUAGUUUCUGAGAUAUUUUAACUGAAAGUGAAUUUGACAGCUAAAUUCCAGAUAAAGCUUAGUAGCGGCGUGACAUUUUGCGUCAUGCGCGAAGUUACGCGAUUCUUUACUUGGCGUCGCUUGAUACAAAAAAUAAAUAAAGUCAAUGGUGUAUAAUUUGAAAGUCGCAAGUAAUAAUUUGCAAUAAAUGAGACUAUUUUUCAAGACGACACAACUGGCAAAUUUUAUUGAAAUAAUAACAGUUACGAAAUAAUAACAGUUACAAAAAAAAUAAAUAUAUUAAAUAAACAAAACUUAAUUUCUACUCAUCCUAAUAAAGGAGUACAGAUAAUUUGAUAACUAUUGAUUAGAUUAAUUGCAGCUUAGUCGAAAUUAUCUUCGGAUAAAAUUUGUAUACAUUAAAACAAAAAAAGGGCUCGAUCAUCUCUCUUAGAAUGUAUACCGAGUCUUCCGAUUUACGAAAAUUCUGAAAUCGAUAAUUGCGAUAAUCGAUUCAACAAUUUAUGAUAAUUAAUUCAAUAUUGUGCAAGCGGGAACAAAAAUUCCAUUUUGUUUUGGCGUAACGAGAUUGAAUUUACGCCGAGCUCUUUCCCUUCUCUUCCAGCGAUCGAAUAAACAGCCAAUCAAUUGAUUCGAAAAAAAAAGACACGACGGGAGAGUAAAGUUCAGACUGACCGUUUACUGCGCCUACCUAACCUAACCGAACAACAUUUUCUGCUGGAUUGUUAUUCAUUUCCUAACCUCAUCUAAUACGUGUCGGAGACUAUCGAGUUAUCGAAUACCUUGAAAAUCGUGAUCGCCGAAUAUCAGACGUGCGCGCACGCGGCGCCCGACCCUCGAACGGCGGUAGAACGUUGAUUCGUGACAAUUUCACGGCAGUUUCGCCGCAGCUGAACUUUUCGUACCUCACCGGGUAAAAUAGUCGCGCGGAGAUAAAAAUGGGAGAGAAAUAUUGACGAAGCUGUCGAAUGACAGCACUACAGUGAAACAAUAAAAACGAAGCGCCGUUCGCUCGCGUCGCGUAUCAACGGACGUGCCUUAUCUCCGUUUAUCUCAUCCCGUGUAACAUUCGAUUAUCGGCGCGUCAUUCGCCCGUCUUAUCCGAAAGAGACGACACGCGAUCGAAAGUACUCCUCGUUUCUUUGCUCCCGCGUCUCUCAUUCCUCGGAUUAUGCAUCGAACCCGUUUCCGCAAUCUCGCGAGACUGUGGGGGAUCCAUCGGAGAUCGAUGGUCGCCGGCCGGGACGCGUUCGUCUACGGGCCGAACGUCGAGAUGGCCCUCGGGAACGGCCUACCCGUCGUGGCACUGGAAUCCACGAUUAUCACGCACGGCAUGCCGUACCCGGACAACCUGAACACCGCCCUGAGAGUCGAGGACGCAGUCAGGAAGCAAGGCGCCGUGCCUGCGACGAUAGGUAUCAUAGGCGGCAAGGUACACGUAGGCCUGAACGGCGAGCAACUGGAGACUCUGUCCAGAGCUGACCCCGCGAGGACCGUCAAGUGCUCGCGCAGGGAUAUCUCUUACAUCCUGUCGCGCGGCUUGAACGGCGGCACGACCGUCAGCGGCACGAUGCUGAUCGCACACGCAGCCGGUAUUCCGAUAAUGGCAACAGGUGGUAUCGGCGGCGUUCACAGGGGAGCCGAGCUGACCCUCGACAUUAGCGCGGACCUGAUUGAGCUCGGACGCACGCCGGUGGCGGUUGUCUGCUCCGGCGUCAAGUCCAUCCUGGACAUCGGCAAGACCCUGGAGUACUUGGAAACUCAGGGGGUACCGGUCGUAAAGAUAGGCGAAACGGCCGAGUUUCCAGCUUUCUACUGCACGGAAACCUCGGACAAGAUAAGAGCGCCGUGCAGGGUCUCCAACGUGAAGGAGGCAACCGCUAUCGUCGAGAGGCAGCGAGCGCUGGGCGUUGACACGGGGAUAUUGUUCGCGGUCCCCAUUCCCGAAAAAUAUGCGUUGCAGCCCAGCGUCGUGGACGCCGCUAUAUCCGAGGCUCUAAGGAAAGCUAGCGCCAUGCACGUGACGGGCAAACAAGUCACGCCGUUCCUUCUGAGGGAACUCAACGAGAUCACGCGUGGCCAGUCUCUCGAAGCAAACGUGGCUCUCAUAGAAAAUAACGCCAGAGUCGCGGCCGAAAUUGCCUUGAAUCUCUACGAAAGCUCUCAGGCAGCUUGUACGAAGCCCACUUCCGCACGGUUAAGAAUAUCGAAACAGAAACCGAUAGUGAUUGGCGCGUCAGUCCUGGACACCGUUCUGCAGGUGAAGGAGGAAAUAAACAAUGACGGUAGAACGCUCACUGGGCAAACCAGACGCAGCUGCGGCGGGGUUGGUCGAAAUGUCGCCGAUGCGCUGCUCAAGCUCGGCUUGAGGAAUACUCGACUGAUAUCUGUCGUUGGCGAUGACGAGCAUGGCAAGACUAUUCUCGAAAGUUUAGGAGCCGGAGGCGAAAUGGUGAAACGCAUGUCGGACGUUGAUACCGCGAAGUUCACAGUGAUAGUGGAUGUUAACGGCGAAUGUCACUUCUGCGUCAGCGAGUUGGAAUCUUUCGCUGCAAUCAACCCGAAGUUGAUAAAGGAAUAUCAUUCGCAUCUCGAAGAAGCAAGUCUCAUUGUUCUUGAUGCAAAUCUCGAAUUGGACACCAUGCGCUACGUGCUCGACUUUGCGCGGCAUACAAAUAUUCCAGUCUGGUACGAGCCCACGGACAUUCAAAAGGCGGCGAGGAUAUUCCAAGCUGGACCACUGUGGGAAAACGCGGUGCACUUUGUCUCGCCGAAUCGGAACGAACUGAAAGUUAUGGCCGAGCACCUCGGCAUCCUCCCCGUCGUCACCGGGAACAUGGACGACCUGGCGGCCGUGAGGAGCACGGCCGAGCAGCUGAGCGAACGCAUUCCGGUCGUCGUGACCACCCUGGGAGCACAGGGAGUGCUGGUGACCCGAAAAGCCACGCAAGAAGAGCCGUUCUAUGACGAGAGCGGGGAACUGAUCGCCAACUCGCCGUCGGUCGCGUCUCGAUUGUAUGCCGCCGAUGCUGCUGAAAAGACGGGCAAGAUCGUCAACGUGAGCGGCUGCGGGGACUGCCUCACCGCAGGAAUAAUUUACGGGAUUCAUAGGAAUAUGGACGAGCUCGGCUGCAUCUCCGUGGCUCUGAGAGCCGCCGCGCUCUCGUUGAGAUCUUAUGACGCGGUCCCGCGGACGCUCCAGGACGCCAUCCAGUAUCCAGAUAAUCUCAAUUAUCAGAUUAAUCUUAAAUGCACUUGUUUGUAAUUAAUCUUUUGUAAUUAAUUUUUCAACUGACAAUUAGCGGCGUUUUUAAUUGUACAGAUCUUUUCAUAAAAUAAAUAAGGCGCUUUAU